AUGGAGGCAAAACCCAUUGAUUCUUUAGAACCAGAACAUUUGGAAACCAUCAAGAUGAUCAGGUCAGUAAUCGGUCCCGAUAUCUCGGAACUGGACAUUGUCAAAGCCCUCUCUCAAUGCAACAACGACCCAGAUAAAGCCAUCAACUACAUCCUCGACACUCCCUGUUUCUCAUCUCCGCCACUAACAGUUAAGCGGACGGUUAACAGCACCGGUGGGUAUCGGAUUUCAACUACCCAAAUCAAGACGGAUAGUGAUAAAGAAUCAGAAGAGAUCAAACCCUUUGAUGGGUCGAAAAUGAUGGUGAAAGUUAAGGAAGAACCCGAUGUAGGGCUUGAAGGUGAGGGCUCUGUUUGUGUUAAGAAACAUGGUGUGAAAUUAACUUUUGACGAGUUUUUACAAGCUACAAAUACAAAAGUUGAGGCCGAUGAUGAUUAUAUCAAUGCAAUGGCUAAGGAAGAGAGGGCUAAAGAGUCGGAAGAAUGCAAAGUGAAGGAAAAGCCUGAUUUGGGUGUGAACAAAGAAAUUGCAAGUGUGGAUGGUAUUGGAUUAAGAGACCCAGAGAAACAAAAGGACUUGACUUACAGAGAGUGGCUUCGAUUGACUAGGAACGUUAACCAAUGUAAGGAAGAAGAAAGGCCUGAAGAAUCAAGAGGAGAAGCUGAUUUUUGUAGUGGGUUGAAGAGUGAGGUUAAAGUGAAAGAUGAGUCCAAUUUGGGGUUGGAGAAUAAGCUCAGUGUAAAAGAAGAAUCAAAGGGGGUAAUUUGUGCUCAACCGGUGUCCCAAUGGCCAAUAAUGGGUCAUGAAUAUCGAAGAACCCAGAUGGGUUCUGGUUAUAAUAUGGCGAAACCUGUGAAGAAGGAAAGAGUUGUAGACAAUAGGCUUAGUACAGUUGUAAUAGAGGAUGGGGAUUUUCCUGAAGAACCUGACUGGUUAUUGGUGGGCAGAACGCCAAUGACUGGCCUUUUGACCACCAAAGGGAGGAAAUUGGAGAACAAUGAGAUUGUUCACUUUGCUUUUCGUUCUUCAAAUUCAGGAUUUAAGAACAACAUACAAUGGAUUGUUCGUUUUUCGACCAAAAGAUCUGGAGAGAUUGGUCGCCUUCCGAUGGAGUGGGCAAAAUGCCUCAUUCCUCUUGUUAGGUCUUCAAAGGUGAAAGUUUAUGGUCGAUGCAUAGCUGCACCGUCAACUCUUCAAUUGAUGCAAGAGAUAAUGUUGUAUGUAAGCUUUUACAUUCAUCAUUCAGUCUUCACAGCAGGUGAUGAGUCAUCUUGGAAGCUAGGUUCCCCCUCGACCAUUGACUCCACAAUUUAUCCUCUGUUGACCCUGUUCAAAUUGCUGAAAUUCAAACCUCGUCACAAGGCUGACUUUAGUCCAGAGGAACUUGAUUCUCGGAAAAGGUCACUGAAUCUAGAAGGUGAUUCAGAUGAAACUGCAUCCAUGUUAGCUAUAACUAAAAGAAGAAAUGGUUGCCAGGAAUAUCCAGAACAAAAGAAAGACGAGCAGGAUAUCUCAGAAUCAUCGUUAAACAAGCUUGUUGGUGCUGCAGAUGUAUAUAACUUGGAGGAAAUGGAUCCUCCAGAUGCACUAAUGUGUGAUUUGAGGCCAUAUCAAAAACAGGCUCUUAAUUGGAUGUCAGGGUUAGAGAAGGGAGUAGAUAUUGAGAAAGCAGCUAAAACCCUUCAUCCAUGUUGGGCUGAGUACAGUAUAUUGGAUGAGUGA